AUGACCAGUUAUUUUUUCUUCCAAUUUUCCUUUUUUUUCAAGGCAGUGGCAGUUGAGCCGCCACCCUACGUGCUGGACGAUGAAACGCCAAUGGAUUUGCCAGGGCUGAGCAGCUACUUAGUGGAGCAUAAGCGAAAACUGCCCUACCUGCUGGGCGGCAUUCGCUACAAGAGAUCCCCACUGCGUGAUUACCAACGGAAACGCGCGCUGGAAUAUCUCACCGGGGGCAUACGAUACCGCAGAGAUGGAGAAGACUAA